ACAGAAAUAAAUCGGAUUGGAGGCGGAGUAAAGAUUUGGAGCCAUUUGAUUCAACCACCAGAAGGUCUAGAAGCUAUAAAUUUAUCCACAAACUGACAAGUGCAGUGAAGAAGACUACCAAACCCAAGCCCCGCCAUUAUAUAGGAUCCCAAUAUUCAUUACUCUUUGCUUCUCCGCAACAGAUCACCACUAUUUAUCUCCUCACUACUGUACAUACACACACAUCUGUAUCUAUCUUUUCGCUUACUUCUCAUUCACUCCAUUAACUACAACACCAUCUCUCUCUCUCUCGAUCACUUGUCAUAUACAGGAAAAUGCAAAUAAUUGACUGAUCUGCAAUACUUGCAACUAAGGACUUAAUGGAGUCAGUUUAUAUUUUUGGCAUCAAUGUCCAGAGGGCUUCUGCAGGCCUUUUACUCUGGAUUGCUCUGCUACUAUUGCUACAGAAUGGUAAAGGAGUGGUGUCUGAUUCUAAUUACCUGAUUGGACUAGGAAGCUAUGACAUUACGGGGCCUGCUGCAGAUGUGAACAUGAUGGGUUAUGCUAAUACAGAACAGGUUGCAUCUGGUGUUCACUUCAGGUUGCGAGCUCGCACAUUUAUUGUAGGUGAGCCGAAGGGUAGCCGAGUUGUAUUUGUAAAUCUCGAUGCCUGCAUGGCAUCACAACUUGUGACAAUUAAAGUUAUUGAGAGACUGAAGGCAAGGUAUGGAGACCUUUAUACUGAAAAGAAUGUUGCUAUUAGUGGCAUUCACACCCAUGCUGGCCCUGGGGGUUAUCUCCAAUAUGUUGUUUAUAUUGUGACAUCGCUAGGAUUUGUUCGCCAGUCUUUUGAUGUUAUUGUCAAUGGGAUUGAGCAAAGCAUCAUCCGAGCUCAUGAAAAUCUUCGACCUGGAUCAGUCUUUGUUAAUAAAGGAGAGAUAGUGGAUGCUGGCAUAAACCGCAGUCCCAGUGCUUACCUGAACAAUCCUGCAGCAGAACGCAGUAAAUACAAGUAUGACGGGGAUAAGGAAAUGACACUUCUGAAAUUUAUAGAUGAUGAAUGGGGGGCGGUGGGUAGCUUUAACUGGUUUGCAACUCAUGGGACUUCAAUGAGUCGUACAAAUGGCUUGAUUAGUGGAGACAACAAAGGAGCUGCUGCACGAUUUAUGGAAGAUUGGUUUGAUCAAAAUGGUGCUAGAGAAAAACAUCUUGAAAGAUAUGAAAGUAGUGAAAUCCCCCGAAGAGUUUCUAACAUAAUUCCUGUGGCCCGUGAAACUCACCAUGAAUUGCUGGAACUUGCUGCAUCUUUCCGGUCCUCUUCUGGAAAACUAGCAACCAAGAUUUUGAAUGUUGCAAAUCGUGUUAGGUCUGCUCUUAGGCAGGUUGACAAACCUAGAUUUGUUUCUGCAUUUUGUCAGUCCAACUGUGGUGAUGUCAGUCCAAAUGUGCUUGGGGCGUUCUGCACUGACACUGGGCUGCCUUGUGAUUUCAAUCAAAGUACUUGUGGUGGGAAGAAUGAGUUGUGUUAUGGACGUGGACCAGGCUACCCUGAUGAAUUUGAGAGUACACGUAUUAUUGGAGACAGACAAUUUAGAAAAGCUGUGGAUCUUUUUAGCAGCGCAUCAGAGCAGUUGAAAGGCAAGGUUGAUUAUCGGCAUGCUUAUCUGAACUUCUCAAAUCUUGAGGUAACCCUUCACAAUCAAGAUGGCACAAAUCAGGUGGUUAAAACGUGUCCUGCCGCCAUGGGCUUUGCAUUUGCUGCUGGUACAACCGAUGGACCUGGAGCCUUUGAUUUUAAGCAAGGAGAUGACCAGGGGAAUGCAUUUUGGAGAUUGGUUCGGAACUUGCUUAAAGAACCAUCAAACGAACAAGUUGAUUGUCACCAACCAAAGCCUAUCUUACUUGAUACUGGUGAAAUGAAGCAACCAUAUGACUGGGCUCCAUCAAUUCUCCCAAUUCAGAUGAUAAGGAUAGGGCAAUUGGUCAUUCUCAGUGUACCUGGAGAGUUCACGACCAUGGCUGGAAGACGUCUCCGUGAUGCUGUAAAAACAGUGCUUACAAGUGGAGGAAAUAAACAAUUUAACAGCAAUGUUCACAUUGUGAUAGCUGGCCUGACAAAUACAUAUUCCCAAUACGUGACUACCUUUGAGGAGUACCAGAUACAGAGAUACGAGGGUGCAUCCACACUGUUUGGUCCACAUACACUCAGUGCCUACAUUCAGGAGUUCCAGAAGCUUGCAAAGGCUCUUGUUAAUGGUAAACCUGUUGAACCUGGCCCACAACCCCCUGAUCUCCUGGACAAACAAAUAAGCUUACUAACACCGGUGGUAGUAGACUCAACUCCUCUUGGGGUAAACUUUGGAGAUGUUAGUAGUGAUGUGCCAAAGAACUCCACCUUCAAAAGGAAUGGCAUGGUUACAGUAACUUUCUAUUCAGCUUGUCCCAGAAAUGACCUUAUGACUGAAGGUACAUUUGCCCUUGUUGAAAUACUACGUGGAAAAGACUCGUGGGUUCCAGUUUAUGAUGAUGAUGAUUUCUGUCUCCGGUUUAAAUGGUCAAGGCCUUCCAAACUUAGCGCCAGAAGUUAUGCAACUAUAGAAUGGAGAAUCCCGGAGUCUGCUGCUUCCGGUGUAUAUAGAAUACGGCACUUUGGUGCUUCAAAAUCACUUUUUGGGUCAAUUCGACAUUUCGCAGGGUCCUCUAGUGCUUUUAUUGUCACAUGAAGUGGUUAUUUAAAGUUUUUGCAAGUGUUGUAACUUUUGUAACUUAUACAUCUGUUCAUGUGUAUUUGAGACCUGAUUUUCCUAAAAUAUGUUUUAUAGUACUUGUUACUAAGCC